GUGAGUGUCUAUCAGUACGACUGAAAAGCGGCCAAAGUUUUGAAAUUUUUGGAAGAAAAAUGAAAAAGUUAACUGCUUCUAUAAUUGUUAUUACUUUAGUUGCUGGUUUAGGUGCACUGUUCUGGCAUCAUGUAAAUAUUAAGACGACUGGAAAGCCUGCACCAUCAUUUUCAGCCGCAUCUCAUCCCGCAGUUCCAGAGAAAUAUGUAAAUUUGAUGUUCUUGUGUAUGGUUCUUCUGGUCGCUUACAUGAUUCAACUUCUUCUUAUGCACACUCGCGUACCAAUUCCCUAUCAAGUCUUUAUGGUGACGAGUGCAGCAGUUUGGGGAGUUAUUGCUUACAACAACAAGGUUCUGUUUUUAUUUUCUAAGGCGACGGAUAUCUCUGUUGUUGAUUUAGCGUUCCUUUACAUACCGGGCGCAAUAUUUAACAUAGCAUUCUGCAUAGACGUUCCCAUUUUUUUUAAAACUCUCCCACAAAUAUUAGUCAUAGGGCUUCCUGUGGCUGCACUUACGGGUCUUAUUAAUGGAAUUUUGAUGAGACAGUUGAUAAGUGAAAGCUGGGAUAUAAUGUUUGGCUUUUUUUUUGGACUUCUGUGUAUACCGACCAAUCCCAAAUUUAUUGGAUAUCUCCUUAAAGAACAGUCAAUGCGCACGAAACACAUCGGCGUCCUUUUGGAAGGAGAAGCAUUGCUCACCUUUGUACUGGGAGAUUAUCUUUACUUUCUUGUAAUCUCUUAUAUGGCAGGACAUGUGAUACGUUGGUACCAAAUUAUUAAUGUGAUACUCCGCUUUAUUAUCAUGGGUACUUUGGAAGGACUCUUAUUUGGGAUGGUCGGUCGUUACUUUGUACGAAAGAUGUCAUGGAACAAAUUGAGCAUGUUUUCAAUAUUUUUUGUAAUGCCGUUUUUGAGUUUUUCUUUUUCGUUUACUUUUGGAUCCGGUUCUGGUACAACAGGAAUAGCGAUACUCGGUCUUAUAUUGGGUCUCGAACGAACAACUCUAAGUAAGGAAGCCGAAAAAUACGUAACUAAUUUUUGGGAAGGUUUGGGAUUCAUAAUGGACGUGAUUCUCUGUGUUAGAUGUGCCUUUAAUGCUAUGAUUUAUGUUAUCCCAAAAACUGAAUGGAGUCACUAUUUUUUAAUUUCUGUUGUUUAUUUAGUAUACUUCGUAACUCGUUUUUUUUGCUUUCUUCUCUUUCUGCCAUUCUUAAAGAAAUUGGGUUACGGAAUGGAUUUUAAGAACAUGAUAAUUUGUGUUUGGUGUGGAAUCAAAAGUCCUUUUAGUUUGCUGUGUGUAGCAUCGAUGGCAACAUUAGACACUUCACAAGUAUAUGGAGACAUAUGGAAAUUGUGCUUUUUUUUCUUUCUUGGGCUUUACUGUUUUUCCAACCUAAUCAAUGGCUCUUUUACGGGAAUCCUUUUAAAUUUCAUGGGUUUCCGGACAAUUUCUAUAGCAAGACAAGCCAAUAUGAGCAACUCUAUAAAACAUAUUUUUAACAAGAGAGAAAGAACAAUUGAUAUAUUAAAAAUGGAUAGAUUUUUGGCUGAUAAUGACUGGGCAUUUAUUAGAAAAACAAGUACAAUAGAACAUCCUUAUCACAUAGAGUUAGCAUCAGAAGAAGAAGAACAGUUUUUUUUUGGAUACAGAUACACAUAUUGUCCAGAAUGUAAAAAAGAUGUUGAGGAACAACCUACAACAAAAGAAAUGAAGGAAAUAAUGAAAGAAGCACAGAUGAGAGUGCUGAAAGCCAAAAAAAUUUCUUAUGCAAGACAAUUUGAAAAGGGGAUGGUCUCUAAACAAGGAAUGCGACUUCUCAGUCAGGGCUUAGAACUUCAAAUGGACACGGGAGAAUUAUUUCAAAUCAAUUUAGAUAAUGUGGAAAAACAAUACAGACUAAAUAUUUGUCAACGUCUUAUCUGGAAACUCCUUCUUAAAAUUCAACAUCUGCAUGCAAUGUGUAAGCGGCCAAAAACUUAUUGGAGACGAGUCUGUUAUUAUCUCGUUAUUAAAACAUCAUACUUAGAUAUAUUUAUAUUUGUUAUUGUCAUUCUUAAUGUUGUCGCCAUUGGAAUUGAUUGGCGUUAUCAUUCAACAAUGGACAAAGACAGUACCCAUAUUCAACACUCCCACAAAUACUGUUACGUUAUGAUAUCAAUAACACUGAUUUUUGUUUUUAUUUAUUUUUUGGAAUUUUUAAUAAAAGUCAUGGCAUACUCGCGUAGAAGAAUAUGUGCUGACGGACUGACGAGAUACUUCAAAUCCGUUUCAAAUAGCAUUGAUGUUAUGAUCAUUAUUAUACUUAUAGUUAAUGUAUCUGUUAAAGCUGCUACUUUGUCUUCUAACCACGAAGAAGAAGAAGAAUCUGUUUUCGUAGUGUUUAAUUGGUUACAGUUACUUGUGGUUUUAAAACUAGUCCUAGUUUUACGUAUUUUCAACCCUAUCUUUUUAAACUGCCUGGAUCGCAGUGCGGACGCAAAAAUAGCUUUGAUUUAUGAUAUCUGCAAAAGUUACGCUUCGACCCAUGGCGAAAUUUUAGAAUUGCUGCCUUAUUUAAUCGACAAUAAAAAAGCAAGAGAAGAAAUUAAGAUGAAACUCGAUAAUGAUCGUUUGCUUAUUACUAAAAUGCUGGGACUUAUUCAGAAAGAAAAGCCUUGGGUGGCCAUUACGGUCAAGUCAAAACAAGCGAUUCGAACGAUUCUUAGUUGUAUGUCAGAGGCAGUGACUCAACUUAAAGUUGGGGGUUGGAUAGACAAUUUUGAGCAAGAUAAGUUAUUGGUAGCAAUGGAUGUUUUAUAUGAGAGAGUAAACGCCAUCGGUAUGGUCCAACCAAGCGCCCCUAAAGUGAUCUUCAAGGAGGUGGCGUGGAUGGCUGAAGAUGAAGAUGUUAUUAAUUUUCUUUUUGAAAAUGUUACGGUUAAAAAAUUUGAUACUGGAGAUGUAGUUUUUGAUGAGGGCGACGUUGCUGAUGGCAUCUAUAUAGUCGUAACAGGACUUUUCAUUGUUAGUUAUAAUCCUAGUAAAAAUUGCCUCGAAAGUUUACACGAAUAUGGACAACUGCCUAUUGUGGAUUACCUCUCUGGAACAAAAUAUGCAAAUCCUGCGGUGGAUUACGUAGUUUCAGGAAACUGUAUAGGAGAACUAAGUUUUUUGACUGGGAGACCCUACAACUGUACUAUUCAAGCCGAAGCACCUAGUCAGGUUUACGUGUUGAGCUGUGGUGUUUUAAGACGAGCGAUGGAAUUAAGUCCCGAUCCAAUCAUUGGUUUAGAGUGUAGAAUUUGGAAAGAAGUUAGCAUUAGAAUUGCAGUACCACUCCUUCUGGCCACUCCAGCUUAUCAAUCCUUGAGUCAUGAACAAGUCAAAUAUGCUCUAGAACGAGCUUUUGUACCAAAUUUAAGAAAAUAUAAAAUUUUUAACGUGACUGAUAUGAUCGAAGAUGUAAUAAUCGUUGAUGGUCUUGUUGCCGAUUUCAAUACACGGGAGACUUACUUAGCUCCUUGCUGUAUUUCCAGAACUGUACAAAAAAUUAUUUUGCCUACAAGCAGUCUAAUGAAUGUCCCAUUUGAUGUUGAGACAAAGAUUUUAAUCGUCCCUGACCGCGAAGUGGAUGAAUACGAUGUUAUGAUGUUGGCAGAAGAAACUUGUGAAAUGCUUUCUACAGGAUCACAAUCUAAAUGUCUUCAACACACAGUACAAGAACGCAUUAAAAAUAGAAGACGAAACAGAGCUAAUUUACGCCAAAGACACGUUGAUAAGCAAAAAUCUUCUUAUAGUUCACGCAGUGCUCCCCGUUCAACUACAUCAUCGGCGUCGACAUACUCGCGUUCGGCAAUUGAAUCUUUAGCAAAAGAGAGCAUGUCCUUUAAUGAUUUUCUACAAGAACAAGAACAGAGAAAACUUUCGUAUCGCACAGAGUCCUAACGUCCUGAUUUAGAUUAAAUUAGAUGUUGUUAUAAAUUGCAUUUGUAAUAUAUUUAUA